AUGUUCCAUCAGAGACUUUGGGUGUUGUUACUCAACUGGUCGGAUCCUUAUCCCCCUAAGGAGUGGUGGAGUUGUUUGAAACAACUUCCUGUUAUAAAUCAAGUGCAAAUUCCAAGGUACAGUCAUCUUUCUAACGCAAUUACUAUUCAGCUACGCGGAUUCGCUGUUGCUUCAAAACAAACCUUUGGAACAGUCGUCUAUUUGAAUUCGAUAGAUGCGUUUAGAUACGCAAAUACGAAUCUCUUAUGCAGUAAAUUAGCUGUAGCUUCUCUACAGACCUCAACAAUUUCUCGUUUGGAGUUGUCAGCGUUCCUUCUAUUAGCGCGACUUACAUCCAAGAUUGUACCUGUGUUGCAGUUGCCAAUGGACCAUAUUUACUUGUAUAGUGGCUCGACCAUUGUUCUCACCUGGAUUAAAACCCCUCCCGAGAAGUUGAAGCCGUUUGUAUCCAAUAGAAUGAAGGUAAGUCAAUCGAUGAAUCAAAUUUACCAGUGGCGACAUACCUCUUCUAAAGAUAAUAUAGCGGAUAUUAUCUCCCGUGGACAAGAUGCAAGUGUUCUCUUGUCAAAUCAGCAGAGGUGGGAAGAACCAAAGAUUUUAAUACCUCUAUUAAGUGAACAUUAUUUUGAACUGAAUGAUCUCAAUCAAUCGUUAUAUUUCAGUAAACUGAAAGAUACUCUUGAAACUGUUUUAAUUGUUACAAAAAAUGUGCUUUUGGUAAAUUUCCUGAAUUUGAGUAAUACUUAUCGAAAAUUAAUUAAUGUAGUUAGUUAUAUUCUUAAGUUCAAUUAUAACUGCAAGAAUGAAAUGAAGAAGGUUGAAUCUUUUACUGCAGAUGAGGUCACUGGCAGUGAAUUGAAACUUUUAUCGUUUGUCCAGUAUGAAUAUCUUAGUAAUGAUUUUCAGGAGCUAAAAUCGGGAAACCCGUUUAAAAUUUCAGGUAAAUUAAAAUUGUUACCUUUUCAUGAUAAAGAUUUAAAUAUAAGACUUGGAGGUCGUUUAUCAAAUUCCGAAUUAUCCUUUGAUGCGAAGCAUCCAAUAGCAAUGCCUAAACAUCAUAAUUUAUCAAGACUUAUUUUAUUAGAUUCAUACGUUAGAAUUUCCCAUCUAGGUGUGCAAGCACGAUUGCAUGCAUUUACAUUAAAAUUUUGGAUAAUUCAGGGGAGAGAUCUCUCUCGGACAAUUGUACAUGAAUGUGUGAUUUGUGCAAAAUACAAACCACGAAUUUUAGAACAUAAAAUGGGAGACCUCCCACCCGAACGCUGCAAACAAACCUUUCCCUUUUUAAAUACUGGCACUGACUUCGCAGGUCUAUUCUAUAUCAAAAUUCAAUAUCAAUUUAAAGAUGCAUUACAAAAGGUAUUUACAAAAUUUGUAUGUUUAUCAUCUCAUACUUUUCAUUUUGAAAUUGUGUCGGAUUUAGCAUCUGAUUCGUUUAUUGCUUUGCUAAAGAGAUUUAUGCCUUGUCUGGGAAAAUGUGCUGGUUUAUUUAGCGAUAACGCAAAAACCUAUAUCGGUGCUCACAACGAACUCUAUCGUUUGCACAAUUCAUAUUGGGUAAAGGGGUUAGCAUGGAGUAAUAAGAGACAGGUGUCUCUUAUUACCCCAUACCUAACUCCUCAUAGAUGGGGUGAUUAG